AAACUACGCAACAAAGCCGGGAAGAACGUUUAGUGAUAUCGAUUACGUCAGCUGGGAAGAUCCCUCCGCGUUCGUCGGCCAUUGGAGGCGAGAACAAUUCGCAAGGGAUAUUUUCCAAGCUCGUGAAACUAACUGAGUUUGCGAAGAGUUCUUUGCGAUCGGAAACGUGCGAAACAAAACCUUCAAAAUUCCGGUCCCGACAAGAUUUCGUGAGGGCGCCUAUCCCGGCAGAAACGAGGAGGCCAAAAUGAAAAAGGGGAAUCGUCGCUCCAACCAACCCAGGUCCCCGCGGACGCGGUCUGAGCGCAGCGUGACCGUCGAGGGAGUUUACAGCAACGCCCCGUUCAUGCACGCAGUGACGGCUCAUGUGGGCACCAUCGUGCAGGUCCAGACCGUGGCGGGUUCGAUCUUCGAAGGUGUGCUGCGCACCUUCUCUCCGCAGUUUGACGUAGUGCUGGAGCUGGCCCACCGGGUUGACCCCAACCGACCCAACGAGGUCACUGUUGACACCCUCAUGGAGAAACUCAUCUUCAAAGCGGCCGACGUGAUCACCAUCCAGGCACUCAACGUCGACCUUGAGUACGCAACCAAAGAUACCUUCCAGACCGAUACGGCCAUCAGCAAGUUCAAUGGCCAAGUGACAGAGCGAGAACUCGAGCCCUGGGAAGGGCCUUGCAAUGGCGACGAACUCGAACUCGAAAUGAGCACGAAAGAGAAUGGCUGGGAUGCUCACGACAUGUUCCGACUGAAUGAAAACAAAUACGGUGUCACAACCUCGUUUGAUCAAUCACUGUCUGCCUACACGGUUCCUUUGCAGAAAAAGGAUACCAAAGACUACAAAGAUGCUGAAGCACGUGCUGCUCAGAUUGCGCGCGAAAUAGAAAACACCCCUGGACACACUAACAGGGUGGAAGUGGAGAAUGGCGAUGAGGAAGAGCGAUUUGCGGCUGUGUCUCGCGUGCCGGCAGAUGAGGCGGCCGCGAGCCCACCGGCCGUCGCCGAGCCAAAGCCAAACAGCAACGCGUAUGUGCCUCCUGCUAAGCGGAAAGGCAACAACCCGCCGCCGCCGCAGUCUCCCCAGAGCAACCAAGCGCCUCCACCCCCUCAGCAUCAACAACAGCAGACGCCGCCGCCGCCUCAGCAGCAGCAGCAGCCCCAGUCGACGCCUCACCAAGGAGGAAAACAGGGCAUGCGGAACACGACGUCGCCCGGCAUGGGCGGCAUGCACCACCCCAAGGGGUACAACCAACAGCCCUUCCAGCAUCAGUACUCGCCGCAGACGCCACCCCCGCAGUCCCAAAUGGGCUACAACCCGGCGGCCGCGCAGGGCAUGAUGCAGCAGAAGCCGAUGAACAACGGCGGCAUGGAUGGUGGCCCCAACAAGAAGGGCAUGGCCAUGCAGGGCGGCCGACAGGCUUUUGUCUUCCACUCAGGUCGAGGCCGAUUCAACGACCAGCCCAGGUAUCACGAACCAAAGCAUCACCAGCCACCCCAAGGAUUACCCCCCUACCAGCCGAGCACUUCCCCUGCUCCCCUCAACCAGCAAAUGCCAAUUCACUUGACAAUGGUGCAAGCAAACAUGGCGCCUCACGUGGUUCCUCACCACGAAAGAGAAAAACACAUGCAGCAGAAUCAACAGCAGCCACCGCAAGAGGUACAUAUGCAGCAGCAACAGGCAGUUAUGCAACAGCAGCAAAACCAGCAGCAGCAGCCUCAGGCUCAACCCACUGGCAGGCCACCGUUGGAUCAGCGAAAGCCCGUCUCUUUGCCGCCUAGGCCAGCCGUCAGAGAGGAUCAGCUGCAAGAUCUCAAGAAGUUCAACAAAGACUUCAACCUGGUCGAGGAACCAGUUGACAAUAAGCCAACACCAACUGCGUCGCCGGCACCCAAACCUCAAACCCCUGGUCCCUCUGACGAGACAAAGAACGAGGCUGACAAAGUGACCAGUACUUAUAAGACCUCGACUCUCAACCCCAACGCUAAGGAAUUCGUACUGAACCCCCAGGCUAAACCUUUCACUCCGAGAUCACCCAGCACACCUGGCACAUCUCGUCCACACACACCUCAGACCCCUCAGUAUGCAGUGCCUCCACAGGGAGUGCAGGGCAUGGCGCCUGUUGUGAUGCUGAUGCAGAACCCGAACCCAUACCAUCAGAACCAGAACAGAAGUAUCCGUAAGACAGCCAUGCCAACCAUGCCCAUUUCCACCCACCACAGGCCAGAAAUGUCACAAAUCCAAGUGGCCGCGGCCACUGGCCAGCCGCUGAUGGCGCCGCCCAUUCCUGCACACUUCACAGCCUACAACUUCCCGCAGGCGGCGGCUAAUGCUCAACUGAUGCCUGCCUCGCAGGGAUACCAUCCACCUAAUCAAUUUUUGUUGCAGCAACUUGUGAGGAUGGCAAUGCCGAACCCAGGCAUAAUGAACAUGCCGUACCACACGGACGGUCCGCACCAACAGAUCUACAUGGCGUCACCAAUGGCGGCGCCACACCCUCACAUCCACCACGCGCACCCGCCUCCAAACGCAGGCCAACAGCAGCCUCCUGGGGGCCCAAGCCAACAGUCAAACCAGCAGACGCCGUCUCCAUCGCAGCAGCAGUCGCAGCCUCCGCAGGGGGGCAGCGGACCGCCCCCGCAGGCCACCCCCUACCAACAACCCCCGCCACAGGUGCCACCGCCGCAGCAGGCAGCCCCUCAACAGCAGUUCGUCUCCAUGUUCCCUGCCAUGCACCAACAGAUGCCUCCGCCGGGCUCGGCCCCCGGGGUGCAAACCGCCCAGCUUGUGCAGCAGCCCUACAUGCAGCAACACCACCAGCAGCAAAUGUGGCAAGGCCCCGUCAUGGUGAUGCAGCAGCCUCCGCCGCACAACCAGUGAAGAGGCGGCGAGAGUAGCAAUGAGAGUAAUUAUCCGACACGGCCGAGACACGCUCGUCUCACAACUGCUGGGCGAUGAAUUUUCACACGCCUUUGUUGAGGAGGUGGUUGUAGAAAUUAUUUAUUCAAACCAAUCGCGAGGACACGUAAAAACAACGGACUGUGAUAUUAUCUUCUGUCUCAGCCUCGGGUCUCGGUUUGAGGCGCUCGAACGCGCCCCCAUUCAGGACGUCCGGUCCCGAUGCCAGUCAGUCGGGGCUGGACGGGCCGUGGGCGCGACGCCAGCGCCAGCGAGACCCUGAUUUCCAAGUGCUGUGAUAGGGUAGUUCACGCCCCUCGUCGUCCUUGCCAGACAAAGAGACUCUUGCUCGGUAUUUAAUUUCUCGCCACUUCCGCCUCUACUAAGUUUUUCGUUUACGGAGAUGAAAAAUAAAAACAAAAACACACUACUAGCCUUACAACAAACAAAACACAACACACACACACAUGAAGAAAAAUGAAUGAAAAAAAUUAUAUAAAAAUUUUAAAAAGUGAGAAAACUGCGUCAGCCGAGGGUGCGCUUGCAGCAGCCGUUCGGGUCCGGGCAAACGCACCCCCGGGCAAAAAUAUUCCUGCAAUUGUAGAGCAUCCGUCAUCAUCGUAGGAGUGCAAAAUUAUUAAUUAUUCCAACCCAAAUUCAAUCUCUGCCGACCGAUGAAGAUUCGAGCAGAAAUCUUGAGGAAUUUCCUUGAGUCGACAUUUCAUAAAUGCCGGCUCGCUAGCCUGGUUGCCUUGAUUGUUGCAGGCGGUGGUUUAUACGCUGUUUAUUUUUAUAAGACGCCUGAAACACGGCUGAUUUGUUCAUUUCGCAUUUGGUCUGUGCGUUUUUUACGUGGAAAAAAAUUCUUUGAAAAAAUGGAAUAUCACGCCUGUAACCCGUUCCGAAGGUUUCGUUGAGAUUUCUGUGCCAAUCUUGAUCAACAAAAAUUACGAUCAUCCAAAACUUAUUUGACACUGAUGAUACAUUGACACUCGGCUCCGACCGACCAAUCAAGCAAUAAAUUUUGUUAUGAAACAUGUAUGGUAAAUUAUCAGUCUUUCGAUUCGACCCAUGAGUAAUUUGGAGCCUUGUGUAAAAUCAAUUUUGAUUGAGACAGGUUUCUUUCAUACCAUGUCGUCAUUUUGCUUAUCCGAAAAGCUCUUCAAUUCCCUUCCCGUAGAAUGUAAUAAAUUUUUAUAUGAAAACAAAAAAAAGAAUAAAAAGAACUUAAAACCUUA